AUAAAUACAACUGUCAGGUAGGAGUUCGGUUCAGAGUUUAAACUGUAGGAUCGGAGAUUGAUCGAUGAAUAAGCGUUAAAGAAAUCUCUUGGGCGGACAUUUCAGUUUCUUUUUAAUCGUCUUGGCCUAAACCAACAUGUCUAACGGACACGUGGUCAUCCACGACCUCCUCUCCAACCAAAACGGCCUCAGCGGCAGCACAGACCCCCUCAGAUCUACCUCAGACACAGACAGCAUGGAGGACACGCUGGAGUUCAAACUCCUCAUGGCCUACGCAAAGAGGAGACGGCCAAAAAAGAAGUCACCUGCACAGGACAGUCAGACUUUAGCAAACGGUGGCACCGACGCAAACGGAUCAGCCUCACCUCAGCUGCCGGCCAAGACUGAGAAGGAGGAGGAGAACAACAAGAAAAAGAAGACGAAGAAGAGGAGGAAGGGGCUGAAACUGUUGCGGUUUUUUAGCUGUGUUAAACCUCAGACAGAAGAUGAAAAUCUGAGCCAACAUACUGAGAAGCCGUCUGCUGGUGACUUCAGAUCUAGUGAUGUUAUAGAACCUAAAGUAAAAGAGGACGAGGAGUUGAACACAGUCGCAAGUAAGCUGACAAAGAUCGCUGAUGACAUCCCGUUCAUUCCUCCAGAAAUAGAGACGGAUGCGCCACAGGAUGUGAAUGUGGAGAGAAUGAUUGGCCUGCUGCUGAGGGAUGCUGGAGACAGACUGAACGAACAGGAGCUGAAGGAUGCCAACAUCGCCUUAGAGCUGUUCUGGAACUACAGUUUCUUUGAGAAACUAAUUAAGGCCCUUCUCACAAGGAUGGGCCUCAGGAGCCCCAACCCUGACUCUCCGGGGCCUACGGGAUCUCCCAAAAGCCAGAUUGCCGUGACUUGUGAGGUCACCAGUCGUCUGUCAGCGGUGAGCUCGCUGCCCAGGAACCGACUGCUCGAUCACGGAGCCAGAUAUCUGCAGCAAUACUACUCACCGUGGGUACAGCAGCUGGGCGGAUACGAGGAAGCCUUUUACAGCGACGAUGAGGACGACUCCUGCUGAGCAGAAAGAAGUGGCUGUUUUGAGACACAAGGAACAAAAUCACACUCAGGAAACACUGUAUUCUGCCACGCCAGUUUACACGCACGUAAAACCCAGACCUGACGACCGUUAACAUAUUUGCAUGCUUUAGAAAAAUAGGAAAAUAUGUAAUCAUGUUAAUCUGGGUUUUUAUCUUCAUGAAUAAUGUUAUUGUUCAAGUCUUUGUUUUGGAACAAUUCUUUUAGAAGUCUUAUGUCAGGUUCAUACUACUAGAUGUCAGCCUAAUUGUAGCCUGGCGCGGUGUCGACAUGGAUGACGUGAACGACGGCGAAUGUCGUACAGGAUAAUCCAUCGUUUCAUCACGUGUAGCGUGUCAUAGUAGACGACAACCGACACCACGAUGUCCCGACAGAGACUCCAGCAUGUUUGAUUUUCUUUUUGUAAAUGUAGCUCCUGCCAUCUGGUGGCACUUUUAUGUUACUACAAUAACAGUUCAGCUGACGCAUGAACAGACAGUGAUCACACCUGACAUUAAAAACGACCAGGGACGACUGGUCUGUCAUGUCUUUCGGUAAAGUCACGGCACCAAUGACUUCACAAUCUCCUAAUGUGACAUAGUGACUGUUGGUAAAUGUUGUGUAGUGUGAACCAGGCAUUAUGAAGACCGUGAACCGAAGAGGAAACUAUUUUCAUGUCACUAAUAACUGUUAAAUGUGAUUUACUACUAUGUAGUUUUCUUCUCAGGGACAUGCAGGCGACCUGUAGCAAUAUUUAAUCAGCAUUAAUAUUUGUUCCUGGAGCUUGGUGGACAAAAUCUGUAUUGUAUAUUUUCAUAAGACAAAUGUAUUAUCUUUCAGCACUCGCACUUUUUUAUGAAAAUGAAUUUAUAUGUUUGCAAAGUUUGCGAGGGAUGCGCCAAGUUGCUUAGCUGUAAUUGUUGCUGGUGUUUUCUGCAUUUCAUUUUUUUUUUACUUUUUUCAAAAGAUGCCAAAGAAACCUUGUCUGUGCCGCCUGAAUGUUUUAAUUUAGCUACAAAUGAAUGCUAAUGUGACUCAAAAAUAAACUGUAUUUGUUAUUUAA